AUGGCUCGCACUAAGCAGACAGCUCGGAAGUCCACCGGCGGCAAGGCGCCACGUAAGCAGCUGGCCACCAAGGCGGCCCGCAAGAGCGCGCCGGCCACGGGCGGCGUGAAGAAGCCGCACCGCUACCGGCCCGGCACGGUGGCCCUGCGCGAGAUCCGCCGCUACCAGAAGUCCACGGAGCUGCUGAUCCGCAAGCUGCCGUUCCAGCGCCUGGUGCGCGAGAUCGCGCAGGACUUCAAGACCGACUUGCGCUUCCAGAGUUCUGCCGUGAUGGCGCUGCAGGAGGCGUGCGAGGCCUAUCUGGUGGGGCUCUUCGAGGACACCAACCUCUUCAGUUAAGUGUUGGUUAUGUCGGGUCGUGGGAAGGGCGGGAAGGGUCUCGGAAAGGGGGGCGCCAAGCGCCACCGCAAGGUGCUGCGCGAUAAUAUUCAGGGCAUCACUAAGCCCGCUAUUCGCCGUCUGGCCCGGCGUGGAGGUGUGAAGCGCAUUUCUGGUCUCAUCUACGAGGAGACUCGCGGGGUGCUGAAGGUGUUUCUGGAGAACGUGAUUCGGGACGCUGUCACUUACACCGAGCACGCCAAGCGCAAGACCGUCACCGCCAUGGACGUGGUCUACGCGCUCAAGCGCCAGGGACGCACCCUUUAUGGCUUUGGCGGCUAGAGUGUUCAGCUUUGUGUCUGUUCUGUUAACCAAAGGUCCUUUUCAGGGCUUCCUACUUUUCGCUUGUAAGGAGCUGUGAUUCUCUAAUUUUUUCAUUGCUUGGAGAUGUUAAGAAGAGUGUUUAAUUAUUGUACUUUAGCCUGCGAAGUUGUUUUGUGCUUAUUGUGGGACGCGUGUGUUCCCAAUCCCGCCUAGGUACAGCAGGGAUCGUUAGGAUCGCUAACCAGUCAAUUCUUUACCUAAAGAUAUAUUCACGCUGAGUUGGUAUGGAAUCUUUAGUUGUGUAAUUUGCUAAAGGAGGUAGUGGGGAAAGUCCUUGCAGAUGCCUACGUUCGCUACUACGUAACUUUUUCUUUUACAAAGUAAUUUUUAUAGUUGAACCACCUAUUAAAAGUGGGGUAACUUUGUAUCAGUUAAUACACUGUACCACUGGCAAAGUCACACACAAUCUGGAGUCUGGCAGUGUUACUUGGAAAAAGUGUAUUCAGAUCCCAAAGUGGGAAAGUUUUAUAGAAAAAGAAUUCGUCUUUAAGGUUAGUGACAUCUCUGCCUCUCUAAAGGUAAUAAUCUUGUCAAAUCAAGCUCGCAGGCAUGUUCUAUGUCCCUGGAGGGAUAGUCAGUAGCCUAUUACUGGUCUGGAUCACUUAUUUACCACAAAGGAUAGGGAGAAUAUUUUAAACUUAAAUUAGUCCACUCAUAGAGUCCAGUGAGUAAAGGGUUUUUUGGUUGAUUUUAAAAGGCGAGGCUCAUAAUUAGCGCUCAUUAAGUCUUAAUUUAUGUAUUUGGUGAAGUGGUGAAUGUCACUGGUGACAAGAACUGGGGAGGGACAGUUAUAGUAAUGGAUUCAGAUAAAGCAAAAGUACAAAAUUCCUGGUCCACGUAUGGAGAGCACAUAUGUUUUCUUUAGACAUAUUUUUCUUAAUUUUUUUGUCAUUAAUGUAAGCAUGUUAAUGAAAAAUGUACUUGUUUUCUACUUGUGAAAAAUCGUCCGACUUGGCACCGCUAAGCAGACCCACAUAUAUUUUGGACAUAAAAAAUAAUCUCUCUGUUUAGGAUGUAAAAGAUAAAAAUAAAUAUUUUAGGAGAA